GAAUGGAGGCGCCUAUGUCAUUGGUUAUCUUUAUAGAAAUGCGGUCAUUCAUAGCAACGGCAUUUCUAGAGACGCACGGAAGACGUAAGUCAACAACACAAAUUCUACGUAAAACCAGCAUCCAAGCACCCAGCAAGGAAACAUGAAUACCCUCGUCACCCUCGUAAUUCUCGUCAGCUGCUUCGCUGGCCUGAACGCCCUCACAUGCCACUCCUGCGGCUACGUCAGCGGUGUGUCUAGCGGAAGCGACUGCGCUGAUACCUUCACGGGCAACUAUUCCACCUCCUGCAGUAGCUCAGAUGAUACAUGCCAGAAAACUGUGGUCAAGAUCGACGGCUCUGUCACGACCCUCAGCCGUGGAUGCACGACCUCAGGGAGCUGCACCGAGUCCUGCGGGUCCAUCUUUAGCAUCGAGAGCUGCGUGUACUGCUGCACCACAGAUGACUGCAACGGCGCAAGCGCCGUGACCUUAAGCCUGGCAACCGUGGCCGCCACCGUUCUGGGCACUGUAGUGGCCCUGUUUUAGACGCGUUUUUGUCCCUACUGAAAUGCUUUGAAUAAUAUCUUGUCGGGCGCGUUGAGCAUCGUGGCUUAUUCCACUUCUCAAAAUCUGGGCUGAUGACCUUAUGACCUUGAAGGGUUUUAUUGCGAGUCCCAGUACAGUAAAUCAGAAAUUCGAAAAGUCAUCAACUGGAAUAAGACAAAAAUAUGAAACGUGACCAGUAUAUUAUGCAUUCAUUUGUGUGUGAUUGUUUUUGUUUGUUUAUCUAACGCUGGGGUAUUGAACUUGUAUUUGCUUGUCAUAUAAAAGCCGGUAAAAGAAAUGCAAAACCCUCCAGUAUUGCGCAACAAAGUGCACUUAUAGUAUAUAUAUUUUUUUAAAUCAUUGGCAUUGGGCAGUUUUUGUAGCAUCAAACAAAUUGUAAAUAGUGGUUUUACGAUUUUGAUUUUUUUUUUACGAGCGCAGAAUUUCUUUGCAGAGCCAUUUGCUCCUUUGGAAACGAAACUACGGGUAUAAUGUACAUUUUCAUACACGUACAGAUGUUAUUAUCUACGCCAAUAGACACACAGUUAACUGUGCAUGUUCAUCUGUAGUAUGACAUGAACUGUUUAUUCAUCACCCGAUUUCAGCAUCCUAAGCACCCAAAUAUAUGUAUAAUCCAAAUUUUCUCACAAUUACCCUUAAUUUUCAUAUAUUCAACAUGAAUCCAAGUAGCCUACAAUGUACAUGUAGACAGUUGAAGUGUGAGCUUGUUGAUUCUCUGAUCAUCGCUAUAUUGUACAGUGGAUUUCUAUUUUGGGUAAUAAAGAAUAUACAAAAAGUCCUAUAGAUCAUA